GAGGACAUACACAUAAAUAAAAAGUCCUUCAUUCCGUCGCGACCAGCGAGUAACGGCAUAUGAGCGCUCGCAGAGAAAUCGCUAAUCACGAACGGCGGACGACACAAGCCCAAGAAGAACACGCAUAGGGGAAAAAAGAAAGCAAAGAAUGAAAAAGAAUUGCCAACAGUAGCAGCAGUUAAAUAAUUAAAGAAGUGCCAGAUCGCAAAAUAACAGUGUGCAACCCUUUUUUUUGACAAGUUAUUUUCGAGUGAAAAGCUGUGGAAAUCUGUGUGUAAGAAAGGCAACCAGCAAGAAGGCUCAAGGAGCAGAAGAAGGCGAGGCGUCUAGCACAGCCGAACCCCCACCACCCAAACCACCCACCAACAUCUCCCCGUUCCCCCUCGCCACUCACCGUGUAUUGGCACAAGGCGAAAACCGCCACCGCCUCGCGUGCUCUCUCUCUCUAUCGCCCUCUUUUCUCCCAAUCUCUUUUUAGUCCUUUCGCUGGGUGUCAAACCAAUACACUUGCACGCACACCCUCGUCCUCCAAAAAAAGAAAUAGUAACGAAAUUAUUGAAACAGCGAACACAACAAUAACAACAAAAAAUCCCAGCAGCUUGCAAGUCACUUGUCAAAAUCAAAGAACAACUGUUCAACGAAUUAUAUUCUGUUUUUGUUUUUUUUUUUCGCAAGUGACUAUAGUGAAAAUACAAUUCUCAAAAAUUCGCAAACUAACGUUGUGUGUGCGUGUCUGUGUGUGUGCGUUUGGAGCAUGAGUUUUCAUAACAAGUAGCACUCUUGGCCACAAAAACCCAACCGCAAGCCAAGAAUAUGCCACGAAAGUAAGCAAAUUCUAAACGACCUUUUCGAGUGAUAGAUCCCACGUUGUUUGACUAAUUAAAUGUUCAAUAACUACCAAUAAAGAAAUUCCACCGGGCUGGCGAAAAAAUGCCGUUAAAGUAAACAUUCCCAAUAGAAUGAAUACAUAAUAAAAAAGUGCUGAUAGCAUACUAAAAAAAAUAAAAAUAUUAAAAACAAGAAAACCCUAGUGGCAGAGUUGCCACCCGGCGAAAGGACAGGAGCUUCAGCGAGUGGCUUUCGGUUAACGGUAUUUUUUUUUUACUGCUACAUAUCUCGCGUUGCUCCUCCAUCGCUGUCGCUGUCGCAGUCGCAGUCGGCGUCUGCGUCGACGUGGACAGUGACAGCUCCGCCAGUUUUCAGUUUUUCCUUUUUGCUUCACACGUAUGCUUUUUAUUUCUCGUAUUUCUCGAAAAAUAACAAAAUACAGAAAACUGCAGUAUACAACUGAAAAGCAAGAAGCUCUGUAAAAGCGAUGCAACAACAACGACAACAACAACAGCAGCAGCAACAACAACAAAAAGUGUAGUGGGUCGCACGCGCGACUUGUGUGUGUGAAUAAUGAAGAAGAAGCAGAAGCAGAAGCAACAACAACAGCAGCAGCAGAGGCAGAGCAAGGCGCCAUCUGAAGCGGAAUCGGAGGCAGACCGCCCCGGCAGCAACAGCAGCAGCACCAGCAACAACAAGCAUUCGCCAGCAGCAGCAUCAACAACAACAACAACAGCCAAGCGGCGGCAAGUCAGCAGCAGCAACAAGAACACCAGCAAUCACAAAAACAACAGCAAACGCUGCAGUCGCAGCAGCAGCAGUCGCAGCAGCAGCAGCAGCAGCUGCAGUAGCAGCAGCAGCAGCAGCAGCAACACUAGCGUCGGCAGCAGCAUGUCCAAAACAAGCAGCGGUAAUCCAGCAGCAGCAGGUGCAACAAAUGCCGCGAAUGCCGCUGAUUUCAGUGCUUUCGAUUUUAACGAUAGUUCCGAUAACUCCGACACGCCCCUCGUGCCACGCCCACCGUUCCUGAGUCGCGCCGCUGCAACGGCCGCCGCAGCAGCAGCUGCAGCAGCAGCGCUCAGCAUCAGCAACAACAGCAACAAUUCGGCGGGAUCAGCGGGUCAGCUGCCGCACAGCACGAGCAGCAGCAGCAACAACAAUAACAACAACAACAAUGGGGCUAACUCCGUUAACAGCAACGCCAACAACAACAACUAUGGCCACAGUAGCAGCAGCUCGCAGAGCAGCAUGGACGAAGAGGAGGAGGACGACGAGGAGGAGGACGAAGAGGAGGAGCAGGAUGUGUCGCAGCAACAGCAGCAACAGCAGCAGCAGCAACAACAAUUGGCGGCGGAGCAGCAGCAACGGGCUGCAGCAGCGGCAGCUGUAGUUGCAGCAGCAGUUAGUGCGCUGCACAACGGCAACAAGCAGCAGCACUACAACAACAAUAAUAACAACAACACUAACGGUAACACCAAGUCACGUGAUCGCGCCGAUCAUCAUCUGCAGUCGCAGCAGCAGGAGCACGACGAUGAUGAGGAUGACGACGAGGAGGAUGGCGAGGAGGAAGAGGAUGAGGAUGACGAGGAGCAGCACCAGGAGCAGCAGCAGCAUCAGGGCAAUGGGCAUGAUCUCACGCCCACGGACCUGCGACAUCUGAUGCCGGCGAGCAACAAUAUGCAGCAACAGCAUACGCAGCAGCAACAGGAGCCGGCUGCCUACGACGAUGAGGGUGAGGAGGAGGACGAAGAUGAUGACGACGAGGACGAGGUGGCCAGCAGUCAUCUGGACAGCCGCGCCACCCUCUCCUCCGCCCAUCUGAGCAGUGCGGCCGCCGCCGAAAGCAGCGGCCUGCACAUGAGCGUUGCAGCAGCGGCAGCUGCAGCAGCAGCGGCGGCAGCAGCCGUCUCCGCAGCCAAGCUGAACGCCCAGCUGGAGCAGCAGCAGAGUGCCAAUGCCUUGGACAUGGCCAGCGGGAGCGGGAGUGCCACGACCAUUGCGCCGCCACCGCCCAGUAGUUUGCUGGGCGGUAACAGCAACACGAGCUUCUCCACGAACAACAACAGCAACCACGCGCUCAGCUCGACGCACGGCAGCUUGGGCCCGGGCGGUCAGGGCACCAAUUGCAGCAACGAUCUGAUGGCCACCGGUGGCGGCAACUCCCGCGGAGGUUCCUCCCUCAGCCUGGGCAUCAACUCCUCCAGUGCGGCGGCGUUGCAGCACCAGCAUCAACAGCAGCAGCAGCAACAGCAACAGCAGCAACAUGGUGGCGGCAGCGGGGGCAGCAGUGCGGCCAGCGAGAGGAGAAAGUACCGCCAUCAGAACUACAGUAAAAACAUCUACAUAGGCACCAAGAACGCGGAGAAGUGGGAGCACAUGCGCACGCGGCUGCAGUUCAAGAACGAUGUGGAGUUCGUUGCCUACCUUUUGAACCUGGCGGAUAACGAUACGGAUCGACUGAACAACCUGCCCCCGCCCUCCCCCGCGAACACGCCCACAAAAGGCUUCGAUGGCAACUUCAAGCUGGAGCCGAAUCUCAGCGCCAAGGACUUUGCCGCCCCAGCCGAAUCCUCGAUCAAUGGCAACGGCAGCGGAAAUGGGAACACGAGCGGAAACGGAAAUGGUGACUCCGCCUCGGCGGCCUCCAUUCCCAUGGCCACGCCCACCCCGCCACAACGCAAGCGCUACAAGAAGCGUGUGCAAUUCACCUCGGAGGCGCUGAACGGAUUUGCGGGCAAGAACAAAGGAUCGGGAUCCGGCGCAGCAGGAGCCGGAUUCAGCUACGCCAAGUCCAAGAAGCAGGAGGCCAAGGCGGCGACGGCAGCACUUAAGGCCAGCGCCGCAGCGGCUGCGGCGGCAGCCGCAUCCUCCGCCCUGCCCGAGGUCCUCGACUGUCGCAUCGCCGAGAAGAUCAAGAGCGAACUGGAGGCGAACAGCAAGGAGUCCCUGCCGAAUGCCCUGUGCCUCAAAAAAGCAGCCGCUGCGGCGGCGGCAGCAGCGGCCGCAGCAGCAGCAGUCGCUGCAGCGGUCAAUGGAAGCGAAGAGGAGGACGAGGACGAAGACCAACCGCCGCACCCCCACCUACUGCCAGUUUUGCCGCCCGCCGAUGCCGUUGAUGGCAUCACCGCCAGCAAUGGUCAGGCGGGCAACUUCCAUGUGCGCUCCAAGUCGCAGGGCUCGAAGAAAUCUCAGGCGGCCAAAGCGGCGGCCAUGAUGCCACCCAAUUCGUACGAUGAGCACGACGACGAACCGGGUGCCGGAUUGGGCGGAAACGACGAGGACGACGACGAUGACGAGGAGCUGGACGAGGAGGCGCUGGCCCGCGAAAUGAAAAUGGAGCAGAAUUUCGUCGAAGAGGAGGACGAGCACGACAUUGCCUUCCGGUCGCAUCAAUCCUGCCGCGAGUGCUCCAUUGCCCACGAUCACAAGCUGUGCCCGCUGCGGAAUGCCUGCGGCAAUGUGACCGAUGCAGUGGAUCUGGGCGAGUGGAUAGAGCGUCGGAAUCUGGAGGCACUGGCCAAGCUGAAGGCCGAUGCGCAGCGGCAGGCGAAGCGGGCCAGCGGGCGACAGCGGCACGAGGACGACGACAUGGAGGAUAUGGAGGACAUGGACAUGGACAUGGACGAGUCGUCGCAGCUGUCGGAGCUGGAGACCAAGCCGCUGAUCACCUUCGCUGAGGCCUCCGUGCCGGCGGAAUUCGAGCUGCACAACGUGGAGCCCAAUGUGACCGGCGUGUUCGCGCGCACCGAGGUGAGGGCAUUCACCAAACUGGGCCCACUGAUCGGACAGCCAGUGCAGACCGGCGAGGUGCGCGAGGGCAGCGACAUGAAGUGGAUCUUCGAGAUGUGCGAGGCCGGCGCGGACAAGUCGUAUCUGCUGUGCUGCGACAAUCCCAACGCCUCCAAUUGGCUGCGAUUCGUGCGACCGGCUCCCAGCUACGAGGAGCGCAACGUCAACCUGGUGUCCAUCGAUCGGCAGGCGUAUUUCGUCAGCUGUCGCGAUCUGCGAAAUGGAAUGGAGCUGCUCUACUGGAGCGACGACUGCAACACCAUGUGGCGCAAAAAGCACACGGAAAAGACGAAUUGCGGCGGCUGCAAUCUGAAGUUCGAGCACCCCCUGUACUAUCGCACCCACUGCUCCGUCUUCCACGAUCCCUCGAUGAGCCUGACCAUCCGCAAGUACCAUUGCAAGGUGUGCGGCGAACCGGUGCUGGGCAAGGAUAACAUCAUGAAGCAUGCGGCGGAGAAGCACGACGGCAAGGGGGCGUACCAGUGCCAAUUCUGCAGCAAGUUCUUCCUGCGGCUCAACUACCUGGAGAUGCAUCGCACCUACGGAUGCGCCUCGAAUCCGAAUCGAUCGCGACCGGUGUGCGAUUUUUGCGGUCGCAAGUUCUGCCAGCCGCAGAAACUGAAGGCGCACAUUAAGCGCAUGCACAGCGAUAUGGCUGAAGUUUUACGAGAUUUUCAGUGUAAAUUAUGUUCAAAACUUCUAGGAUCGCGAGCGGCACUGCAGCGCCACUCGAAGGAGGUGCACAGCCGCAACUCGACGGUGGUGAGCUGUCCGCGGUGCCAGAAACUCUUCCAGAACCGCAGCAAUCUCAAGAUCCAUAUGCUGACCCACUCGGGCGUCAGGCCGUUCAAAUGCGCCGAGCCGGAGUGCAAUGCGGCGUUCACCACCAAGCAGUGCCUGCAGUUCCACUAUAAGAAGGUGCACAACUACACCCAGGAGCAGAUGCCCAAGAUCGAGCGGAGCGUGGCCUACACCUUCGAUGCCUAUUCCGGCGGCAUGAAGGUCGAUUUUCUGGGUAAGCAGACGGCGACGGCUACGCCGGCUUCAGCGGCAUCGGCGCAGGCGCAGCCACGCCCUAAUGCGGCCGUCGUCUCCCCCUCCUCGUUCACAGAGCAAGCACCGCGCCGGCGGCGCAAGAGCCUCGAGGACCAGAGCUCCAUGCUAAGCGGAUCGCUGCAGAGCGACGCGGAGUUCAGCGAUGACAACCUAUUCGAGGCGAUCAAGAAGAGCGGCAAGUCGAUCAAGGACCUGUGUCGCAACGAGCCCAAUCUCUCGCUGCUCAGCUCGAAGAUCUCCAGCAUAUUCGGCGACAAGGUGCCAUCGGCCACGGCCUCCCUUUCCGCUUCCGUUUCGGCCGUCGCCUCCUCGGGCGCUCGCAAGCGAAAGCGCAAGAAGGAGCCGGUCGUGCCGGCCCAGCAGCAACUUCAUCUCCACCAGCAGCAACAGCAACAGCAGCAGCAGCAGUCGCAGCACCAGCAACAGCACCAACAGCACCACGCCCAGCAACUGCAGCACCAACAGCUGCAACAGCAACACGCCCAGCAGCAUCAGCAGCAGCAGCACCAUCUCCACCAGCAGCACCAGCAGCUGCAUCACGAUCCGCAGCAGCAGCAUCCGCAGUACCAUCCGCACCAGCUGCACGCCCAUGCCCUGCCGCACCAGCAGCAGCAGCAACAGCAGCAACAACAGCAGCAGCAGCAGCUGCACGGCGAUCCCGACGACGAGGAGGUGGAGAACGCACGGCUGGAGCAUGUGCGUCGCAAGCAGAACGCCCAGCUGAGCCUGGUCGAGUCCUUCCUCACCACCACCGCCCAGCGAUUGAGUGCCCAGCAGCAGGUGCAACAGGUGGUGGCGGCUGCGGCAGCGGUCUCAGCGAUGGCCGGAGCCGGCGAGGAUCCCGCCAAACUGGGCCACAUGAUGGGCCACAUGGGCGUCGGUGUGGGCGUGGGCAUGGACGAGGAGGAGGACGACGACGAGGACGACGACGAUGGUGGCGGCGGUGGUGGCGGUGGCGGCGGUGGCGGCGUUGGCGGCGGCUCGGCUGUGCAACACCAUCCGCACGUUCACGCCCACCAAGCGCACCACUCGCACGUUCAUGCGCACGCCCACACGCACCACGCCCACUCGCACUCGCACGCACACCCGCACCAGCAUCCCGCCGGCCAGAGCGCGGGCCAGCAGGACUACCGCCAUGCGGCCGCCAUGAACGCCGCUCUCGGCCAAAAUCUGGUCGUCAGCAAGGGCAGCAAGAAGUGGAUCCAGGAGGUGCAGGACUCCAGCGAUGUCGGUGGCGAGGGAGCGGGUGGUGGAGGCGGUGCCCCGGGCGACACCGGUGGCCCUGGUGGUGGUGGUGCCUGUGGCCAGUUGUCCGGUGGUUCCGGUCCAGGUCCGGAUCUGGGAUUCGCUGUGCCGCCGAGCGCCGUCGAUGAGCAUAGCAAAUUGCUAGGCCAGAACCGUGACUUCCUCGCCCGCCUGAUGAGCAGUGCCAGCGCCAGCCACGCCCAUGCUCACGCCCAUGCCCAUGCCCACGCCCACCAGCCGCAUCAGCCGCAUCAGCCGCACCAGCAGCACCAGCACAGCGCCCACAGCCGCGAGGAGGACGAGAACAGCUCCUUCCUGGACGUCGUCGAAUCGAACAACAAUGCUGCAGCCGCCGCCGCCGCAGCAGCGGCCAUGUCGCACUACGGCGGCGGAGCAGGCAGCGGGAGCGCGGGCGGUGGCAGCGGCGGACAAACGCCAACGGGUCCUGCGACCGGCGGCGGUUCCGUUGCCGGCGGCGAUGAGCCCCAGAUGCAGAUGAACUCCCUGGCCCACUCGCAGUCCUUCAUGAGCUCCUUCUACAACAACGCCAAUGCCCGCGUGGGCGGAGUUGGCGGCGGCGUGGGCGUGGGCGUCGGCGGUGGCUCCUCGUCGGCCAGCAUGCUCGUGGAGGCAGCCCUCAACUCCGUUGGCAAUAUGAUUGACAGCGAGAGCAGCGACCUCAAGGUUCCCACCGACAACCACAUAAACAGCGACAGUCCCAUGAGUGCCCACGUGGAUCCCGAGUCGCAGCGCUUUGGAGCGGGCAGUGCCGGUGGAACGGGUGGAGGAGGCGGUGGUGGCGGCGGAGGAGGAAGCAGCGGGGGAUCUUCGGGCGGGGCGAAUGGAAGUGGCAUCGGUGGCGGCAUGGACAACCUGGAGAACGAGCUAAAGAUGAUGAAGAAUCUGGGCAGCUUUCCGAUGCAGAUACCACCGCUGCCAAUGUUCCAGGGUGCCUGCAAUAUAUCGCCCAGCGCCUCGACGCCGACGAAUCCGCAGAGUAACCAGAAUCAGAACGAUGUGGACGUGGAUGCGGGCAGCACGCCCCGUCCGCAGCACCCGGACUCAGAUGGCUUCUCCUCGUCGCACCACCGCACACCGCCAUCGCCACCGCCGAUAUCACCGGGUCGAGAUUACGGCGGUAUGUUUGGCGCUGGCAAUGGCGGCGGUGGUCCCGGAUCGAACAGCACUCCGGCGGGCAGCUCAAGCGGCGGCGGCGGAGGAGGAGGCGGUGGUGCCGGUGGAGGCGGGGCCAACAGCAUGUCCGCCUCAUCGCCACUACCCGCCCUUCAACCGCAGAGGAGGAACGCCUCCAGCGUGGGCAGCACCUAUCCGGAACACGAGCUUAUCUCGCCCGCCUCAUCGCCGAGCAUACCGCGCUACAACUUCAACGGCGACAUGAUGCGCCACAAGCGGGCGGUCCAAGAGCAGGAGCACCAGGAGCGCCAGCGGCAGAACAUCUCGCGGCACAACCAGAUGUCCAGCGACGAAGAGAACAGCAUAAUGCCACAGAACAGCGCUGGCCAGGAUAUGCGCAUGAAGUUCCCGCAAUCGCAGAUCGACCUGAUGUACUCGAAGUACGAGAGCAUGGCCAGCAACCUAAAGUACAACAGCCAGGACUUGGACUCGCCGGCGGAGUACCGCCAGGGUGGCGCCGGCAACGGUGGCAAUGCGGCGGCCAGCGCAGCAGCUGCUGCGGCAGCGGCGGCCAGUGCCGCCAACGAUCUAUCCGAUCUCCAGGGACUGGACAUGAGCUCCAGAUCGAAUGCGGCGAGCAGCAAUUACCAUCACAACUUCCAGUUGCCGAGCAGUCGUUACCAUCACCACAUCUACGACAUACUCUCCGAUCGCGAGCAGCAGAGCCAGCAGGCUCAGCAGGCGGGCGGUGCGGUGGUGGGCGGCGGUGGCGGUGGUGUUGCCGGUGCCGCUUCGGUUGUGCACCAACAGGAGCACGGUCAUGGCCAGCACCAUGCGAUGCAGCAGCACCAGCAGUCGGCGGCCGCCAUGCACAACAUGCUCAGCGAGCAGUUGGGCGAGCAGGAGCACGACCAGACCACAUCGGUGGAUCUGAGCCGCACGGCCAACUAUGUCGUGUCGUCGCCACCGCAACUACCCUACAACCAUCCCACGCAUCACGAUAUGCUGCGCAUGGCCUCGCUGGAUCUGACACCGAAUACGGCCAACAUGGCGGUGGGCAACAAUCGCUCAUUCCUCUCCUCGCAGAUGCAGCACCAGAGUCGCGAGAGCUUGGAGCACCAUCGACUGCUGUCGACGGUGGAGCAGCAUCGCAUACUGGCCGCCUCGAAUGCGGCCGAUCAGCACCGCCUGCUGGUGGAUCCCACGGCCCAUCUGCUGAUGGAGCAAAACAAUCGAUUGCUGGGCACGGCGGAUCAGUCACGCCUCCUGGGCGAAUCGGCGGCGGCAGCGGCCCAAAAUCGCCACAUGGCCAGGAGCUUUGGAGCCUACCAUCAGGUGGCGUCUAGUAAUUACCAUCCGGGCGUUAGGCCACCGCCCGUUCUGCCAUCCGCCAACCAUCACGCCUCCAAUCCGUCGAACUACCAUCCCUUCCCCGCCUACUACUAAUCGGAAAACGGAAAUCGCGUAUCGGGAACAGGGACGUUCGGAUUAAAGUGCACUUUGUGGGCUCCAAGUGGAGGACAUCCUGAACCGCGCCAGCGAAAUGCAGUAGUUUAAUUUAUAGUUUGUUUUUUUUCCGACUAGUCCUUUUGUUUUUUGCAGAUUUCAAAGAACCUAUACUUGAUAAUAUGUAUUAUAAUGCAUAAUACUUCUCAAAGGGUUCGCAAACACAAAUUUAAAUAAAUGAAAAGAUAAGACUAUGUUACGAGACCCCAUAUUCUUUUUACUGAUUUUUUAAAAAUAGUUUAAGAAUUCAUUUUAAUGUACCUUCAAGCUGCAACUGCGAUUAUUUUUUUACAAUUUCUGUCUAGUCAAAAAGUAUGUGCAUUUUAAGCGAUUUACUGAAUCAUCUGAAACGAAAUUAUAAAGUUUCGAAUGUUCAUUUCGAAAUGUGUGCCAAUACGUCUAAGUGUAUUUUAUGUUUUGCUUCUCUGGCAUUCGACGGCUGGCAAGUCGAUUUUGUAUUUGUACACAAUAAUAAGAAAAGAAAUAUGUAUAGUUGUAUAGGAAGCAUAAUUACUAUAAAUAUAUAUAUAUAUAUAUAUAUAAAUAUAACCCAGAUAUGAAUGCGACAGAAAACAUAAAUAACGAUAAAAAACAUAAGCUGAUGAGAACAUUUUUUUAAACGCAAAUUCGCCGCUGAGUUUGGAUAGAAAAAAAAGGUAUAAAUGAUAUAAGAAACGAUGUUGAUAAUAAUAUUUUUACACCAAGUGAAAGUAAAUGCAUAUAAACGAGUACAAAGUGUUACAAGUGGGCGGAAACUCCAAGAUCCCCAAAAUUCGGCUUUCCAAUCCCCAUCUUCAGCUUUUCCCAUCCCAAAACUGCAAACUCAGCGAUCCAAAGAAUACGAGUAUAAAAAAAAGCGGCACAAGAAGAUGCACACUAUAUAAGUAAAGCAGAAUAUGCAUAGAUACAAUACGCGACCGAUCAGGAACUUAGCUCAAGCAUCUUAACACUUAACAGAAUGAGUAUUCGAGUAUUCGAAGUCUUUUUUUAGUACUUUUUAAUUAUAAAUAAUACGUAUCCAGUAUGGCAUAGGGGCUAUAUAUCGAUAUAAACUACCCAUAACUGUACUAAAUUUGUACAACUAAGUUAUGAUUUAAUGUAAAUUAUUAACUUUAUAUAAGAGCGUAGAUGGCGAUAAAGGAGAGGAAAUACAGCAUCAUGAAACGAGAUAUACACCACAUACAACAAAUGAAAAUAAAAAAAUAAUAAAUAAAAAACAAAAAAACCAAAAACCAUGAUAAUAACUAUAAACAAACACACUCAGACACAAAGAGAGAAGGGGAGAGAGAUCGCUGAUCUGAUCCACAUGAUAUAUAUACACCUAUAUAUGCAUAUGGCGUAAUCAAAUUAUCGAUUAUUAAUAAACCGUAAAUCGAACAAUUAUUUGAAAGGAAA